AGCUCUCAAGUUGAUCAGUCUGCUCAGGAAACUUCUGCUGGAGAAAGUAUUGGAGUCCUUACUGAAGGGGAGAGAAGUUGAGAUUUUGUGCAAAGACUUGCCUUGCUCCUUGAAGACAUCAUCUCCGGGAAAAUAGCGCAUAUAUAUUUUUAAUUGUACAUUUGAGCAGUUUUUGCGCGGUGCACGGCGCAAAGUCUGUUAUUAAUGUUAUUCUAUUUUUUAAAAUAGAUAGCAACACUCCUGGAUAAAGACUCUUGGCUUUAGCUUUAAAAAUCGGAUUAACUGACUGAGGCAUUGUGCUCAUUAGACCAGUCUACUUUUCCCCCCCUCUUCUUCGCAUUUGAGGUUUAUACCAUACUAACUGAAGAGAACACCAACAAUGUUUCUGAGUUUUUGCCUCUUGGUGACAUUUAUCUUGGGGCUGUCCGGGUGCUUGGGCUCAUACGUGCCGUGCGAGCCUUGUGACCAGAAGGCGCUGUCCAUGUGCCCUCCGGUCCCGGUCGCCUGCCAGCUGGUCAAGGAGCCGGGCUGCGGCUGCUGCCUAACAUGCGCGUUGUCCGAGGGACAGGCGUGCGGCGUUUACACCGGGACGUGCGUCCAGGGCCUCCGCUGCCUGCCAAGGAGCGGGGAGGAGAAACCUCUGCAUGCCCUUCUCCACGGCAGGGGAGUGUGCACCAACGAGAAAGGAUACAAACCUGCCCACCCACCCAUAGAUCAUGAGUCUCGAGAACACGAGGACACCAUAACCACAGAGAUUACAGAGGAGCUGCAGCCGGCCAAAGUGCCACUCCUUCCCAAAGACAUUGUGAACAGUAAAAAAGUCCACGCCCUUCGCAAGGAGCAGAAGAGGAAGCUGAGCAAGCAGCGCCUUAUGGGCUCCUCCAUGGACUAUUCCCCCCUGCCCAUCGACAAGCAUGAGCCUGAGUUUGGACCAUGCAGGAGGAAACUGGAUGGGAUCAUUCAGGGAAUGAAGGAUACUUCUCGUGUCAUGCCUCUGUCUUUGUACCUUCCCAACUGUGACAGGAAGGGAUUCUUCAAGCGCAAGCAGUGCAAGCCAUCCCGCGGACGCAAACGAGGCAUCUGCUGGUGUGUGGACAAGUAUGGUGUUCAGCUCCCUGGCACGGACUACAGCGGAGGGGACAUUCAGUGUAAAGACCUUGAGAGCAGCAGCAGCAACAACAACGAGUGAAUGGGGGAGGACCACCAUCGACCCCUACCCCCCCACCCCAAAUCACCACGUGACCCAGGGCCCACGCCUCCUCUCUGAACCACACCUGAAUGCUCCGCCCUCUGUACACUUCAAGAGUUUUGUUUUUUCAAAUUGAAAAAAAAGGACGAAAAAAAUACGAACGAAAGGACAGGCUGAAAAAAAGACACCUGUAACUUUUUCUUCUUUUCUUUUCUGUUGUUGACCAAGCACUCAUCUCAGAAUGAGGGUAAAAGUCCCAGAAGAUUUUGCUAGAUCCCUUGACUGUCGCUCAUGGGACCCCUUGUAUGAGGCGGGACCGCUGGCUGCAGAUCCAUGAAAAUAUAUGCACACAAUGGAUAUAUUUUUAUAGAAGCCGGGGGGUUUCAACACAACACUUUGUUUGAUGUCAGAUUAAGAAAAAAAAAAGUCAUUGUGAGGAAACAAAAAAGAAUCAGGCACAUUGGUUGAAAACAGAUCAGAACAUGAUGCCACUGUGGAACUGACGAUUGGCAGAGUAAUUUGGUUUUUUGUCUGUUUUCCAAAAGAAAAAAAAAGAAACAAUCGAUAGGGAAAUGCUGUAACAGUUGACUCUAUCUGGAUAUGUGGUUCUGUCAGAGCACUUAUUAAUAGGGGAUCCUGUUUAGAAAUGUGUAUCUUCACAAAAUGACGUGUGCAUGAAUGUGUGUAUGUAUACAGUUUGUGUGUGUUAUGUAUCAGCCGGUGUUGGUGUACGACGGAGUGAGCCUAUUACAAAAAGAAUGUCCUUUUUUUUUUUUCUUUCUCUUUUGUUUGAUUUUGUCACAACAAGUAUUGCCAGCGCUUGAAGUGGUCUUGGGGCUGGCCUUCUCUAUAACCGAUGUAAAGUAUGUCUCGGGACACAGAGUGUUUGGAAACAAAAGAGUAAGCAGAUCGUCACAGAUGAACCUAUGUAAGUGGCUCUUCGACAAUGAAGCUAGCCUGAUAUGCCAACUGUGCCUAUUUAAACAGACACUGCCAUGCAGGGCGACACAGAGCUUAGAGAGCGCUGACUCUACCGGUGAAAUAAAGUGUUUUCAGCUUAACUGACAGGACUCAAGUUGGACUUCGAUCUUUUUCGAGUUGAGUGCAUAAUCGAAACUUGCCAGUCAGGCCAGUUGCUUCUCUGAUUCAGUUGUGUGAAGUGUAGUUUUGUAUGGUUUUGUUUGUGCUGUUUUCUUUGCCUUCAGUGAAGUAAAGACCGCCCACUUUUGAGCCAUGUUCCUUGAUCAAGUGGUUUCCCCUCAGUACUGCUACUACAGUGUAACCAUGGUGUAUUACAUUACUUUUAAAUAUAGUUAUUGAAUGUUGUUUUCCUGUAGAAACAUAGUAUGACAACAAUGUAAUUGUGCUUGGAACAUAAAAAAAAAGAAGAUUUUAGCCUGUAAAGAAUUUGAAUAGGUCCUUGUAGCCUGUCGGGAGAAUGACCCUGAGUCAUUUGAUGUCAGGGCAGUCAAAGAAGCUAACCCUCUGAACCCUUCUUGCUUCGUGCCCCCAUUGCAAAGGUUAUCUUCCUACAUCUAAAGGGGGGCAUGAUCAGAACAAAAAGGUUACAGGUUAUAACAGGGUCAUUUAACUAGAGUUGUUCUCUCUGUGUGCAAGUCACAGUGCCUUCCUACAUGCAAAUACAUUUAAAUAGUGACGUGAAAGUGACAUGGAUAUCCUAUGGGGCGAUUUCCUUUCUCAGACAGCCCUUUGCUGGAGCUGAUACUUGAUACAUCGAUCAAGGGGUGUCGGUUUAGUUCUUAUUGAAAGAAGAACAUUGAAUGUGGUAGAUCCUGUAAAUGGUAUCAGCAACAAAUUGCAAAAGCAUUUAUUAUCUCUGCCUGUACCUCGGGGCAAUUCCUGGACAAGAAUGGUGUGUGAGGGACUCCCUCUUUUUUCUUUGACAACCAAUAAGCUAAGACUCUUGCUUUUUUCAUGUGAAUGCCAAUGUAUAUGAUUGCCAGAGAGGGGAGGCCUAACGGAUGGUUGGAGGUUUAUCAAGCAUUUUCCUUUGCUGCAACAAAAGAGAAAUCACAUCCUAAAUGGCCUCUAGUUGUGAAUAUAUAUUAUCAAUUCUCCUUGCCCCACGUCCAACACCGAAAUCCCCACUACCACUUUCGAAAAAAAAAAAAAAAGCAGCUUGCACUUAUUUCAGUUACUCACUUUUGAUAUUGACACACAACGACGUCCUACGAUGUGGUAUCAUGAAGUUAGUGGAACAAAAAAGAUUACAAAAAAAAAAAAAAAACAGCCACAAAAGCUAAAUGUUGUGUUAUCUUGUGCUUACCAUUCAAAGGUGGUGCUUUGAGGUAAUAUUUGUCGACAGGGGCUUUGCAGCCCAUGCCUGGGACCUCCUUUACAGCAACAUCUUUUAGGGAAAAAAAUAGAUCAAAAGUAACACAGCUAGAGAAGUUCUUAUGGCCAAUUGCACAGAGAUGAGAGUAAAGGUAGUAAGGGGGAAAAAAUGGAUAGAGGAGAGAGGAAAAGAGGAAACGCAAGCGCCAUGGGCAGCGGUCAUAAUCAGGGCCUAGCCACUUCCCCUCAACGGGGUCACCAAUUGCAUGACAUUAGAAACAGUUAGCAAGACAGUUACCAGGAGUCAUGGAAAUCUGGGGAAUGUAACACUAGUACCAGCAGCAGAGUAUCAAGUUUCACUUUGAUUUGAUACUCUUUUGAGCCAAAAAGCAAUGAAACAUGGAAUAUCCGGAACCAUUCAUACAUAGUAUAUGUGAAUACUUCACUGUUCCAGGUAUUUGUUUCUUUUGUCUGGAUAACAGGUUGAGGUUCAGGCUCUAACAAAGUCAUUUCAGUGACUUUCUGUUCCCCACACCUACUGAAAGGCAGUGUCUUCCUCAGGUUUCACAUCUCCUACUUGGUUUAAAACUCAUAUUCACAUUACAUAAUAGAGUAGCACAGUUACGACAGUACAGCUAUCUUUCUGAGUACAUAACACUUUCUGGAUGUAAUGAGACAAUACAAUUGGUUUGCAUAAUUUGGUGUUCACUGGCUUGUGAAAUAUACCCAUCGGUGGCAGGAGGAUAGUGGGAAACAAAAUGGUCAGUAUUUGGAACAACAUAAAACAAAUAAGAAAAAAGACAAAAAAUCUCAAAUUAUUAAAGUGAAUAUCACUGUGUAAUAUUUAUUCAACUUGUAAUUUAUGUACUCUUUUAACCUUUGUCUUUUUUUUUGUUAUGACAAAGCAUUUAUUUAAAUAAAGUUAUGUAUUCAUUUAA